AUGCCGUUUUCGCAAAAUAUGAUGUAUUGUCAAGCAAUAAUUAAUGGUCCAAAAGAUACUUUUUGGGAAAGCGGUACAUUUAACUUGAUUAUGCAAUUUUCAGAAGAAUACCCAACAAAGCCUCCAGAUGUAAGAUUUUUGAGUAAGAUGUUUCAUCCAAAUAUAUACCCAGAUGGAAGAAUAUGCUUAGAUAUACUUCAGAAUCAAUGGAGUGCUUUAUUUGAUAUUGCUUCUGUUUUAACUUCAAUUCAAUCUUUAUUAAGUGAUCCAAAUCCUAAUUCUCCUGCAAACUCUUUAGCUUCCGAAAUGUAUGUUAAAGAAAGAAACAAAUAUAAUAGUAAAGUACUGGAAUGUGUUGAAGAAAGCUGGUCAACUCCUUAUUAUUCUUUGCCGAAGUAG